AGGAAGGAAAGAGGGAUUUGAAGAGGCAAACCAGUGGAAUGGCAGAUGGUCCCGGACCGAGUGACAAAAAAAGAGCGCCAACGAGCCGAGAGUCGAGCAGGGACGGCGAGAAGCCAAAGGCGGCGCAACCAAAGCCCGAGAACAAGUACUCGUCGGGUGAGAGCUCCGAGGAGGAGGAGGACACUCGAGAACUCGAGGGCAACGUCUACACCAAGAACGGCGUCGAGAUAUCGAGAAGGAGCGCCGGCAACGUCAAGCGGACGAAAGAGGAGAUCGCGGCUGAUCCCGAGGAGGAGGACGAGUUUGGCUACACGGAGAUGAAAAUACGCAAGAAAUACGCGAACCUGAAAAAGCGAGUCUUUGUGUCCAAGUUGGAGAAAGGCCGCUCGGGAAUGGGCAUAUCCCUAGCCGGUCACAAGGACAGGAACAAAAUGGCCGUUUUCAUUUGCGGCAUCGACCCGAGCGGCACCGCGGCCAAGGAGGGCAUCCUCCAGCCCGGGGACGAGAUACUCGAGGUUAACGGCACCGUGUUCCAAGGAAGGUGCCACUUGAACGUCACCUCGAUGAUCAAGGGAAUGCCGUUCACCAGCUUCAAGUUCAUCGUAGUGCGGAGACCAGAUGCCAUCCAGAGCUGCGCCGUGCCGCAAGUCACGGUGUUCCCAACCCCGUUGCCGGGAGAAGACUACAGUCAAUUCAAAGGCGUCCACUUGGUGCCGAUAAAGAAGGGUACCUACGGCCUGGGAAUAAUGAUAAUCGAGGGAAAGCACGCCGAAGUCGGACACGGCAUCUUCGUGUCAGACGUGCAGGAAGGAGGUGCUGCCGAACAGGCCGGCCUGAACGUCGGUGAGUUGAUACUGGCAGUGAACGCGGACACUCUAAUGGGAGCGACGUACGACGAGGCGACGGCGCUUCUGAAGAAAGCCGAGGGCGUCGUCACGCUGACAGUGUGCAAUCCGAACCAAAAGAAAGUGGCCGAGGACGAGGCGAAAAAGGCCAAAGGAGAGCCCGUCGAGUCUGACAAAGAAGCUAAAAAGGAGCCGGAGAAGCCGAAAGAGCCGGAAAAACCGGCCGAUCCGAAAACCGAUCCCGUCAAGGACUGCAAAGACACGACCCUCGAGAUGGCCAAGGACAAGGGCCAACCGAUCGGCUUCACCGUCAUCGGAGGCACCGACACGCCCAACACCGGAGUGUUUAUCCUCGACGUGUUUCCGGACGGAGCUGCGGGCAAGGACGGUCGUCUGCAGACUGGCGACCGCAUCGUGGACAUAAACAAGCAGCCCACCAAGACCAUGGACCACGACACGGCUUACCAGACCGUCAUGAGGAUCACCCAGGGACCUGUAAUACUGAUAGUGCAUCGCAACGAUAGAGAACAGGAGGAGAUCGAGGUGGAGCUGACAAAGAAGGCGGGCAAGGGCUCCGGCCUCAUUUUGAUGGGCUACAAGAACGGCAAAGGAGCCUACGUGUCUGAAGUGAGCCCGGAUAAUGAGGCGCAGGGCGCUGCUGGUGGUGGUGGUGGUGGUGCCGGUGGUGGUGCGCACAGGACCGGCAGUCGCAGGCAGAGCACGAGGAAUCGCCCUGGCACGCCGCCGUCGUCUUUCCGCAGCGGGUCGCCCGAGGUCGUUCAG